GAAAGAAGAAGCCUACUGCAGAUGUGUUUGGCCGAGAGGAGGGAUACACCCUUGACUGGUCGCCAGCCUAAAAUGCACCAAAGCUUUCAUACCUAUAGAGGUUUUUAAUGAACCCAACAUUUAGGAUUUGGGAAUGUGGGAGUAAAAAAUAUCACCAGGCUGAUGGUUAGACGGCUUGACGGACACCCGAAUUUAUGGACAAGGUUUUAUUUUCUCCGCCAUUUUGAUCGGUGACAUCGCCGGUCGUCGUCGCCCGCCUGUUGAAGUUGAUUUCGGCCGGUGUCGGAGGGGAGGGGGGGGUCGACAGCCGCCUCCAAGACCACCGCGCUCACGGUGGAUGGAUGGUUGAGUGGAGGUCAUCGCUAGCGUAAAGCUAACGCCACAAGGAACACAAGAGCCCCGCUACGGGCCGCUCUGACAGCCCGAGCGUAGCCGACAACCAAAGGAGCAUGAAGACUGAAAGCUAAAGUUUACGAGGACGUAAGCCAUGUUUUGGAAGUUUGACCUACACACAGCUUCUCAUCUGGAGGCUCUACUGGACAAGGAGGAUGUCACGCUCGCUGAGCUCAUGGAUGAGGAUGACGUGCUGCAAGAGUGCAAGGCUCAGAACAGGAGACUCCUCCUGUUCCUGUGCCAGGAUCAGUGCAUGCAGGAGCUGGUCCGCAAGAUUACCACAGAGCCUCCUUCUGGUAUCGAGGAGACCAAGCGAUUUAAGUAUUCAAACAUAGCAUGCGAGUUGUUGACAAGUGACGUGGGAGUGAUCAACGACAAGCUGGGCAACGAGGAGUCUCUCCUGGAAACUCUGUAUGCCUUUCUGGAGCAGCCCUCCCCUCUGAAUCCCCUGCUGUCAUCGUUCUUCAGCAAGACCAUCGGAAACCUCAUCGCGCGGAAGACUGAGCAGGUGAUUAGUUUCCUGCGACGGAAGGAGGGCUUCUUGUCCUUGGUUCUAAAGCACAUCGACACUUCAGCCAUGAUGGACGUCCUGCUCCGACUUAUCAGCUGCGUGGAGCCGCCCCCGCUUCGGCUGGAGACUCUGGCUUGGCUGAAUGAAGAAAAGCUGGCCCAGAGACUCAUAGAAAUUAUUCAUCCAAAGAUGGAUGAAGAGAGGCAGUCCAACACUUCUCAGACUCUGUGCGACAUCAUUCGUUUAAGCCGAGACCAGGCCAAUCAGCUUCAGGAGAUGUCUCAACCUGACCCUCUGCUGACCGUGCUGGAAUCGCAGGAGUGUGUCGAGCAGCUGUUACAGAACAUGUUCUCAGGAGAGAGGACUGAGAGCUGCAUUGUCAACGGGAUUCAAGUUCUGCUCACAUUGCUGGAAAUCAGGAGGCCUGUUGUGGAUGGUGUCAUGGACGCACGCGGGUUUGAGAGAAGCUACACCGUGAACAGCAGCAUCCUGUUGGCCAUUCAGCCGCACUUGCUCCAUUUCCACCAGCUACUUCUGGAGCCUCCCAAACGAAAUCCUAUGCUGACCACUUUGGGUGUGCUGGAGGAACCUUUGGGGAACACGCGGCUGCACGUAGCCAGACUAGUGGCCUCUCUGCUCUACACCAGCUCUUCCAGCCACGCAGUCAUAGCGCAGGAACUCUGCCGACUCAAUACAGUAGAUCUUCUUUUGAACUUGUUCUUUAAAUACACGUGGAACAACUUCCUGCACCUUCAAGUGGAGCUUUGCGUGGCGGCCAUCCUGCGGCCCUGCGCCCACGAAAUGAGACUUCAGACGGGCUUCGUCUCCCAGGACAAUGCUAAGCUUCCUCAGGAUGUGUCGCAAGAGCAGGCUUCGGCGGACGUCGCUGUCACCCAUGACAAUUCCGCACAUAAUUUAUUGGUGACUCAUUUGUUUCAGCACUGCCGCCUUGUUCAAAGGAUUCUACUGGCCUGGGAAGAGAAUGAGAAAACCCAGUCAGAAGGUGGAAUGAGAGGAGGCUACAUGGGGCACCUGACAAGGAUCGCCAACACGGUUGUCCACAACCUGGAGAAAGGCCCGGUUCACACUCAGAUCAGUAAUCUUAUCAAUGAGCUACCAAAUGACUUCAGAGGGCGCUGGGAGACUUUUGUUAACCAGACCCUUUCAGAAACCAACAGGAGAAACACCAUUGAUCUGGUUGGCAGCGGUAACCCCCGGCCUUCCUCGGAAGAUGACAUGGAAAGCCCUUUCCCAAAAGAACUGACACUACAGCAGGCUUUCUCAGACUACCAAAUUCAGCAGAUGACUGCAAAUUUCGUGGAUCAGUUUGGUUUCAACGACGACGAGUUCACCGAUCAUGACGACAGCAUCGGGGCAACGUUCAAUCGGAUCGCUGAGAUCAAUAUCAACAUCGAUUUGGGCCAGGACAGUGCCAAUAUGGCUUCGUUUGAAGCCUGCGCCAAGGAAAGGAUUCAAGCCUUUGACGAUGAUGAAGAGGACAUCUGGGAGGAAAAAGAAAUCAAUUAUGCAACACAAACCAAGUCAAGGAACAGGUUCGGUGGGUCGCAGGCCGCCCAGGGCCAAGCACCGAGGAAAGCGUGUGAUAGUUCAGCAGCUUCUGAAAAAGCAGCAAGUUCAGACUCCGACGAAGGAGAGGAGCUGCAAGACAUUGACCCUUUCUCCAGCCAGACGGAGGCCACAAAGAACUCCGGCUGGAUUGCGGAUUUUGGGGAGGUGAAUUCAAAAGCUCCCGCGGCAGGCGUCGGCUUUGCAGCCUGGGACAGUCACCAGCCUGCCGCCGCUGAGACGGAGGAGAAGGGCUGGGCCAAGUUUACAGACUUUCAGCCUUUCUGCUGUUCUGAAACGGGCCCCCGAUGCAGCUCACCCGUGGAUUCGGACCUCAGCACAAAACCAAACCAGAACCCCUGCGUGUGGAGCGUAUGUGGGGCGAGGAAAGCCCCUCUGGUGGCGUCGGACAGCUCCUCCUCCAGCAGCUCCGACACGGAUGAAGACGAGAGCAAAACUGCACCCGGGUCUGCCCAGACGGCGACCACUGAGACUAUCAACACGGGCGCCGGCAAGGAGACCUUCCGGCUCACUGUGGACGCCAAGAACGAGCGCGCCGUGUUCAGCAGCCACACAGAGAAGACGCCGGUAGAGGAAAAAGGAAAUGAGGGGGCUGCAGAAUGUGAAAGGAAACAAGGAGACUGUCCUAGUCCAGCUAAGGGCAGUCCGACCCAGCAGCCGGCUUCUUUCACACAAGAGGAGCAGUCCUCUGCCAACGGACCGGCUUAACCACAUCAUCACCAUCUUGAUCGUCGGAGACUCUUCCAUGCGCAGCCACGCUGUCCUGUGAUUAGUCUUAGCGGCCACGUUUGCCAGCCCAGUGACAUUAUUUGCAUUCAUUGCUAUAGAGAAGCACACCCAACAGCCAAAUGAGGUUACAGAUUAAUGAUAUCUGCCCAUGACAAAAAAAAAAAAAAAAAAAAAACUUUCCUGCACACGACUCUAAACUUUGUCUGAGUAUCACUGCAUUUGACUACUGACAGUUCAACUACACAUAAAGACACAAAACUAACUUUUCAAUUCAGAAUUUAAGCUCCCCAUGUGUAUGGAAAGCCAUUUUAGCAUUUAUUCCAUAUUCCUGAGAUGCAAAUUAGGGUCACACUGAUAGCGCAAAAAAAUAGCAUUAGUAGAAAAACAUCACCUGUGUGGCAGUUAUUCUAUUAAUGCGCUCUAUUAUCUUACAAAGUAGGACUGUACACAACAAACCGUAGGAUCUGGAAUAAAUGCGCAAACUGCUUUCCAACAUCUGAUCAAACAUUUCAAACUGUUUCGCUCGUGCCCAAGCGGGCAUAUCAGACAUGGAGCAACCAUGCAUGUCACUACUCUGAACAAAUCCAUCUCAUUUCAAUGCGUGAGAGUGUGAGCUCUGUCCAAAGUGAAGAGGUUACUCUCAGGUCUGAGGAGAAAUAUGCCCAAUACGAAAGGACGGCAAACGUGUAACACGUGUGUGCGCGCACAAAAAACAAAACAAAAAAAAAAAGUAAAAACAAACAAAAAAAAAACCCUCCAAAAGACACAUCCCAGUGUGCACAUGCCCAGUCAUACCUCCCCUUCUACUUCUCGGAAACUGUCAGUUGUACUAUUGUGAUAUUUGCACUUGUAUUAGGUUGUGUCUACUCUUGGUAAUAAACGUAAUAUAAAUGUAUACAGUAUAUAUAUAUAUAUAUAUAUAUAUAUAUAUAAUCAUCUAUUUUUGGAACAAAAGAUAGGAAAGUUGAAUGCAUGUGUUGUAUGAAUGCGCGUUGUUGAAAUGAGGCAAUAAUGACGUCUUGGUAUCCCAGCAUCAAUUCAGGAGGAGUGUGUGUGUGUGUGUUGUGUGUGUGUGUGUCUAAGUAUAGUCUUCCAUAUCAUUAAAUUAAUCACUUUUUUCGUGCAUUAGGCAAUCAGUUGGAAGCGAACACGAGAUCACUCAUUGUCUUGUUACUUAUACGUUGUCAAAGAAAAAAAAUAAAAGGUACCAAACGUUGAUUAGGGGUAAGGCCUAAAGUACCGUAUUUCCUUACUCAACUGCAAAGAGUUAAUUGAAUAAAGCAUUUAUUCAGGGUGAGGCGUUAAAUAGAGGAUUUCCUCACAACUGCUGGGGGUGGUUUUUUUUUUUUUUUUUUUAAUUUUAUCCCCUCUCAACUGAGAGAGAGAGGACAUUUGAGGGGUAAAGCUUUAAGUUUCGUAUUUCCUCCUAUAGCGAACUGCAGAGAGGAGUGAACAUUUAUUGGAGGUAAGGCCUGUAAGGUCCUGUAUUUGGUCAUGGGGGGGAGGGGGGUGUGUUCACUCGCAGUGGCACUUUCCACUCAUCUCAGGGCUGGUGGUGACUUCAGUUACACAUUUGCCCAGUUUUGGAAUCAUUUGCAGGCAGCAGGCUAGUGUUACCGUGUCUGCUUCCUAGUUCUGGGGUUCAGUGUUCGAAUCUGAGCUCGGGCCUUCCCUGUGCAGAGUUUUGUUCUGUACUUGUGCUUCUUCCCGGAUUCCCAAAGCGUGUUCAUUGGCAACUCUCAAUUGUCCAUGGUCCGAAAGUGAGUGUGAGAGGUUGUUUCUUUAUAUUUACCCUGAUUGGCCGGCGACCAGUCCGGGGUGUACCCUGCCUUUUGCUCAGAGUCAGCUGGGAUAGGCUCCGGUCCACCUGCAACUAUAAUAAGUGCUGUUUGGAAAAAAAAAAAAAAAAAAAUGGAUGAAUAGAAUCAUUUAGGUAGAUUCGUCUUAAUUCACAAGCACUUUUUUUGUAAAGGCUGCAUUUGAAUGGAAUAGCUCACGUUGUGUAUUCAGGUUAGAAAGUUUUGCUUUUCUGUCAAAGUCUUCCCUCAUUGAGUAUUUUUUUUUUUUUUAAUUUGUGACAGCCAUUAAAAUCCAAAGCAGUCUCGUUUUUCCAAACGAAUGUGACACUUUUGGUUGUUCCACGUGUGAAAUGCUCUGAACAAAUCCGGUUUAAGAGAGGAGGAAAAUGGCACUAUUUGAAUCUAUCAAACUCUUGUUCCAAGUGAGAAAAACAACUGUUAACGUGUAACGGUACAUUGCUUUGUGGGCAUCUCACCAGCUGUUGCCCAUUCCAAGGAGUUUGUAUGUGUCUGUGUGUGUGAGGGGGGGGUGUAACGCAAAUAAAGCUGUGCUGUAAAAUGCCUUUCAUUUUUGCCACUCAAACUAAUGCUGGUGUUAACUUUUUUUGAAGUAAUGUGUCUGUUACUUGUCACUUUAGCUUGUAAAUUCAUAUGAACCUAAUAAAUAUGUCAAAGGAAAAGAAAGCCUGCGUGUGUCAGCCCUACUCUGAUAUGGAUGCGGGCUCAAAUAUGUUUACCUCGAGGGAGAGGUGAAGCAAUGAAAUAUGGAGCUUCUUGUCGCACACUCAACUACACUUUGGACAGGAGACAACAACAAAAAUCAUACAAAGGCUAGUCAUACAUUUCAAGUCAUUUUUUCCACUUGUGUAUAGAUGGGUUAGAGCAGUGGUCCCCAACCUUUUAUCACUGCGGACCGGUCAAUGCUUGACAAUUUUUUACCGUGGGGGGGUUACAUUGUUUGUAUUGGAAA